AGACACUAAAAAAUAAUUUUACUGCAGUUUAUGAUCUCCGAUAUGGUGCUAACAGUUCAGGAUUUGGAUGGAACUCAGAAAACCAUGUUGUUACAGCUCCAAGGGACGUGUGGCUUCAAUAUCUUAAGGUUCACCCAGGAGCAUCUAAAUGGCAGACUACAGCUAUGCCAUGGUUCACAGAACUCUGUACUAUCUUUGGAAAAGAUAGAACAACCGGAAAUCUAGCAGAAAAUCUUGUUGAUGUUGUGGAAGAACUUAAUACUGAGGCUGCAGAUGAACUAUCAGUCCAGGAAGCUCAACCAGUCACACAUUCUGACGAGUCGACAAGUAUGAAGAAAAGAAAAAGAGGAAAUGCAGAUGCAUUGUUAGAGGCUGUCUAUGCUGCUUCAGACAGGCUCGCAAAUCAGUUUGAGGCUUCCACUAAACUCCUCAUCGCAGCUGAAGAAGAUAUGCGGGAGAAAAAGAAACAACUCAAUCAAGAACUUUCAAAGAUUCCAGAACUCGAAGUGCUCCAGAAACUUCAAGUUGCAAAGAGAAUAGCCAGUGAUGAAGACUUGAUGAUACUAUUUUUUGAAGCACCAGCCGUAGAAAAAACUGUUUUGGUGAAUGCUAUUCUAAACAAGGAGAUUUGAGACCAUAUUUUGUUUAUGUCAUUCCUGCACUUUUUAUUAACAUUUGACACAUUUCACCAACUGUAUUUG